CCUUCACGUCACCUUUUCUCAUUUGCGCAGGUUGCUUCAACUCUGUGCUCCAGAGGUGGUAGCUUUGACGUGUGACCCUGCCCACGUCUGGGCUCCAGCCGCGCCAGCCCCUCAGUAAGGAGGGCCAGCUUGAUAAGACGACGAAAACAGUGUCAACAAGUGAUACAAGAGAAGAAAAAAAAAGAAGCGAACGCAGACUCCUUUCCUACUCCACGUGGAUGAUAGCUAUAGCAGGGGAAAGUCUCAUAGUGUAUCAGUUGGGGCAGAAAAUGGAGGUAAUCGGCAGUCGGGGCUGGGUUCUUCUGUCCACUUUCUGGGGUAUAGGUGCAUUACCUACUUGUAUAUUUUAAGCAACAGUCUUUUUUUAUGUUGAUUUGAAAUUUGGUUAUAAAUCUGAUAGGAUUGGCUUCUCAGUUGUCUUCUACAGUUUGGGCUCCGGGCUCCCCUGUAAAAUCACCGUAUUGUAAGCAGUGGAGUUAAGUGAGACCUGAUGAUCCUUAGUUGUUAAGUCUAGAACAUUCAUACAGUAGUAAAUGAGUUAGGGUUAUGAGGAGGGGGCUGGCCAAACGUCAGCUCCCUGGGCUUUCCUAAUUGUUGGCUUAGCCUCUCCCACUCUGCCUAACGAGAGAAUAGGAAAAGCCGAGAGACCUGCGUCUGCUGGUUUCGGGGGUUGUGUCGGUGCAUCCGCUCAGAAAGGAAGCGAGGUUAUCAGUCUCUGGCAUGACCAUGCCUCAUUCGCAUGAAAGCUUAAGUCAUUUUGGGCACGAGCGUCAGCUUGAACCGAAGAAGGAGGGUUUUAGGUGUUUUGACCUGACUCACGGUUAUGGUAGCCAUGGCCAGUGCCCCUUGGCUCUGACAGACGCUAAACCUCACAGUGACCAACGCAGCGAUUUCCGAUUUUCAGUUCUAUGACAGAGGCUUCUUAGAAGCUUAAACCUUUGACCCAAUGACGUCAAGUUCGCCCAUUGGCUUGGAAGGUUCAGACUUGUCUUCCGUCAACACCAUGAUGUCAGCGGUAAUGAGUGUAGGGAAGGUCGCCGAGAAUGGCGGAAGCCCCCAGAGCACCAAGUCCCCCACGAAGCCUCCAGGACCAAAUCGGAUUGGCAGAAGGAACCAGGAAACGAAGGAGGAGAAGUCUUCCUAUAACUGUCCCCUGUGUGAAAAGAUUUGCACUACACAGCACCAGCUAACCAUGCACAUCCGUCAGCAUAACACGGACACUGGAGGGGCAGACCAUUCGUGCAGCAUCUGUGGGAAGUCGCUGAGUUCGGCCAGCUCCCUGGACCGCCACAUGCUGGUGCACUCUGGCGAGAGGCCGUACAAAUGUACUGUGUGUGGCCAGUCAUUCACCACCAAUGGGAACAUGCACAGGUGGGUGAGGGCUGCCGUCUGGAGGUUGACAGAAAGCACAGUGGCCUCGAGGCCAUCAGGGGACUUGCCUAAAGGCCUGAGAGCUCUUGGCAUGUGUGCCCUGUUUGGAGAAGUCGGAGGUGGUUUUGUGGCUCCUGCAUGCUCUCUCUGGUGUAUUGGACGUGUCUGGCCGUGGGAAACAGAAGUACCUGGGCGAGGUCUUUGGCCUUUGGGGAUCUUCAGGACGAAACACAGAGUCCUUCCCUCUCUGCCAGGUGGAGUUUCUUUGUUUGGGUGCCAGAGGUGGGCAGCUUAUCAGAUACAGAGGAAGCCUCAAGGAGUAGCAUAG